GGUGCAAUAUAGAGCCAAUCUGGAGGUGGCACCAUGAAAUGCAAAAACGGCAAAGUCUCGACGAUCCGAACCACCGGCCCAGCCCAGCCGUCCCAACUCGAAGUCCACAUCGCUGUCCACCACCCUUACCUAGGGCCAUGUAGUCUUUACAAUACUCAUCCCGUCAUUCAAUCGAAAGGAUCUAGGAGGGCAGUUUCGACAGUACCGCCACAGUGGGCGGCUGCUGCCCAUACGCUCGACACCUCGACAACGAGAAUUCAUAAGGUAAGGACUAAUUCCUUCUAA